AUUACAGAGUGACAUAUAAUCCACCAGAAUGCCAAGCGUAGCUGAAGGUCAAGGUUCAGAUGCACCAAUGUACUGCUCUCAGCAGAUCAAUAUUCCACCAGAUCUUCCCGAUAUUUUGAAACAGUUCACCAAAGCUGCCAUCAGAACCCAACCAGGUGAUGUUUUACAGUGGUCAGCUGCGUAUUUCCAUGCAUUGUCAAAUGGAGAAACACCCCCAGUGAAAGAAAGACUUGAGAUGCCAGUAGCAACACAGAAGACAGACACUGGAUUAACUCCAGGGAUCUUAUCUGUUCUAAACAGACAGCUUGGUCCGAAAAAGAAGCUUCCACAAUCGGAACUAGAGAAGAAAUGGAAAGACAAUUGCCUGCCAAAAGAACAGCUUGAUAACCUACUUACAAUAGGUAGUUUUGGGGAUGAGAUUGAGUGGCUUAAAUUCUUUGCCAUUGCUUGUUCCAGCCUUGCCGGGAACAUUACCCAAGCCAUGAAAAUCAUUUGUGAGAUAGUGACCAGUGACCCCGAGGGUGGUGCAGCUCGUAUUUCAUUUUCACUUUUUAAAGACCUUUAUACAUACUUGGGACAGAUAGAUGGAGAGAUAUCAGAAGAACAAACACAAGGUGUAUUUGAAUACCUGCAAUACCACGUGGAUAAACAAGAUGGCUAUGUCAUGCCACGAAAUUUCUUGAGUAAAGACUGCCCUUCACUUGGGUCAUCAUCAUAAGCUCACUGUCUGUCUGCUGUAUGAGAUUUCUUGAGUAAAGACUGCCCUUCACUUGGGUCAUCAUCAUAAGCUCACUGUCUGUCUGCUGUAUGAGAUUUCCAUAUAAAAACAACAAUAGCUCCUUUCUACAUAUUUCCACUAUUAGAGUAGGGCAGUUUUAUUUUGUAUGUAUGAAUUUAAAACAAUAUAUUUCUUUUAUCUACUUGUUGGUAUGUUUUACUCAUAUGAAUUGGAAAAGUGAUAAAAACACUGCUGCUGCAUUUGGGAAUACCGAUUUCUUGAAAUGAAGUCUAUACCUACAAAAAGACACUUUUCAAUUACAUAAGUUUUGAAUAUUAAUUAUCUGUGGUUGUAUACCGUUAAAGCAGCCUAUGUUUGAAGCCCUACCAUCUAUACUAGAGCUAAGGAACUCUAUGGAAAUUUGGUCACGUCAGACAUUGGGUUGGACCCUUAUGUUGGAUUCAAUUUACUGUUUAUAACAUUUCACUGUAGUGAGCAUUCUAUUUAUAAAUGUAUCUGAAAUUAUACUCUGUAAUUAUCCGUCCACUUAACUCUUGUUUACCAUAAAUGUUUAUGUGUUUAA